AUGUUGGUCAAGAACUUCCGGCGACUUGCAUUUCUUCUUACGCCUCUACUCUUCAUAGCUGUCCUUGCUCUCAUCUAUCAUAGUCGUUACUCUGUCAGAUUACAUGCUCAAAGCGGCGGAUGGCCAUCUGAUGUGGUCGAGGCGACGGUCGAUGGUCACCACUCCUCCUUUGUCGGACAAGAUAAACCAUCAUGGCUGGCUCCAUUCAGGAAAUAUGACUCCUCCCAGCAAACCAUUUCGGACACUCAUAUUGAAGUUUUCUCAGUAUCGACCAAAAGCGGGAAAUAUUUCUCAAUUGACUUUGGGGCCGAAGACGCCAUAAACCCUAGCAUCAUACCACAUCCCACGCAACCCGAGACGUGGAUCAUCGUAGCUCAACUGCAAAGGAGCACAAUCAACAACUCAGUCUGGUUUGCAGAGCUAGUCUGUGACGCGAAGUUCAAGAAGGGCAAGCUUGCAUGUAUCAAGUCGCCAAAGAUCCUCCCGAUAGCAGCAACAAUAGGCGACAAGUGCGUAGGUGACUUAUCCUACUUUGCACUCAACAUCGGCCCGCAUGAUGCGCGGGUAUUCUACGGUCCAAGUUCCCCAUACGUUGUGUUUGGGUCGAAUUCAGCCUAUACUUGCUUCGGUCAAUGGAUACAAGACUUCAGAAUGCUGGUCGACUGGGGGUAUGAGCCUGUUGUUGGAAAUGAGUUCCGAAUGGCGACCGAGCUCCAGAGACCUCCUCCGCUGGGCCUUAUUGAGAAGAAUUGGUUCGUAUUUUGGGACAAACAUGGAGAAGUGUACGCCCAUUACGAUAUUGCACCCAAUCGUGUGUAUGCGAAACUAGGAUAUGAUGGGUCGGUUGGGCAAGACCUCGCGCCUCUGGCCAGGUACAGUGACGAGAAAUGCAUGCAACGGUACAUGCCAAAGGUGGCUGAACAACUCGAAUCAAUUCACCAAGCAACAAAUUCUCUCUCAGUAACACUAUGCAAACGGUCCGACCUGACUUGCGAGCCCAACGACUCGAACACAUACAUUCUGAGCAUCUUUCAGCACAAAAGUUUCUAUUCCUUUCACAGUGUGUACGAACCCUAUGUGAUGCUGUUCAAACGUACCUCUCCAUUUGAACUUCAUGCUAUCUCUUCGAAGCCGAUCUGGAUCCAUGGUAGGGGGAAGGCUGGAGAGAAAAGACCGAAAGGUCCAGAGUUCGAAUCAUUGGAAACUUGGAAUCAGACCGAGAUGUUUUACGUGACCUCGAUCACUUGGAAAUCACAAGGACAGAAGUACCAUGGGUACAGCGACGACGUACUGUUCAUCAAUUUUGGAAUCGAGGACCUCAAGACUGCGGGUAUUGACAUUGUGGCGGGCGAACUGUUGAAAGAUAUCGGGCUUUGUUCCUCAGCUUGA